AUGGAUGCCGCAGCAUCCAAGGAAAAAUCUACCGACGCACAUACAGAACGAACCACUCGUACCCCACCCAUCCCCUUCACGCAUGAAGGCACACCACCCACAGCCUUAGUGCCAAAAACGAGCCAUGGAACGAAACACGCUUUACAUCACGUACAGAUAGUAGACUAGUACUGUACGAAAAUAUCGCACGCGCUACAAAACAAUUUUGGCACGGAAAAUCAAAGCACCCCUCGAAGCCUGUCAGCCUCAGCACUACACUACGUCUGCUGCAACCGUAGUCUUGGAUACACGUCUGCUUGGUUGCCCCCGCCCCGUGGGCACUCAUCCAAGCUCGCUUAGCCUCGCGGAGGUGGUAAGAUGCUUCUGGCAUGUCGCACUUCUCGGCAAUGUCCUCGAGUUCACAAAGUGUUGUGCUACGUUAGCGUACGGCGGCGGAGGCGAGGCCGCUGCCGCUAACGACUGCUGUUCCGCUUCGCCUUGCUCCACCAGAUCGACGUCUUUGGCCCCCGAAGAGCCGCUCUUCUCUGGCUGCGCCCCAGCAGUCCCCGCGCCUGAAGUCUCGCGCUCGCGGGAGGCCGCACAGGUGUAGCAGAUGCGGUGCACCUCAGUGGUGCCAAGCGGGUCCACCACACCACAGAUACCAUGGAGGUACUGCCCGCAGACGCCUCUGCAUUUGUGUAUUGUGAAAUGAGGCGGGCCCGACGUGUCGUCGGGCAUAGUGCAGCGGUCGCCCGCUGCGCAGGGCAUGGUGUCUGCAGCUGUGUCUGUGUUGAGAGCUGUGGUGUGUGAUGGCUACGUGACGUGGCCUCCAGCAGCUCGAUGUAAGAGAAAAUCUCAGAAAUAUGCCA